AAUCUGGUUUGGCAAGAUUUCUGGAGGAAGAGCGAGCAACACAGACAAACCCUGAAAGGCAGAAAAGAGUUAAAUCGUUUUUAGCAGCUGUUUCACAGCCUAACUUGAGCUGUUGUAAACUGAUACUUUCUUGUUUGUUUGGGGGAAAUUAGGUUUUAGAGUUUAAAGAAGGUUUCAGCACCAGGAGGUGCACUUGUUUUUCUAACCAAGACAAGUUCAGGCUGCAGAGAUGAACUGGUCGGGACUUGAAAGCCUAUUGAGCGGAGUCAAUAAGUACUCCACUGCGUUCGGGAGGAUUUGGCUGUCCAUGGUCUUUGUCUUCCGUGUGCUAGUAUUUGUGGUGGCAGCACAGAGAGUUUGGGGCGAUGAGAACAAAGACUUUGUGUGCAAUACACGACAGCCGGGCUGCACCAAUGUCUGCUAUGACCACAUCUUCCCCAUCUCCCACAUCCGUCUGUGGGCACUGCAGCUGAUCUUUGUCACCUGUCCGUCUCUAUUGGUGAUGGCUCAUGUCAAAUUCCGGGAAGAUAAGGACAAGAAGUAUGUGGCGUUGCACCAUGGCUCCCACCUGUAUGCCAACCCUGGCAAGAAGAGAGGAGGGCUGUGGUGGACCUAUCUAGUUAGUUUGUUCUUCAAAGCUGGAUUCGACAUUUCAUUCCUAUACAUUCUAUAUCGGAUUUACCACGGAUAUGACCUGCCAAAGUUAUCCAAGUGUUCACUGGAUCCAUGCCCAAACACUGUGGACUGCUUCAUUAGCCGGCCAACUGAGAAAAAGAUCUUCAUGUUGUUUAUGGUCACCUCCAGUGCACUGUGCAUCUUCAUGUGCAUUUGUGAGAUGGUUUAUCUCAUUGGCAAGCGCAUCGUCAAACAACUAAAGGCCCGACAUGAGAAUGAGAGAAUGGUAUUUGCUGAUCAGCAUGAGCUCACCAACAUGGCCCCACCCAGGUCGCUGUACAGGAAGACUGAUCCAACACUAGCUGAGAGCCAGCUACGUUUAAAUGAGAGAGAGAAGACCAGAGGUAUUGGUGCAACUACAACGCUUUAGACCUCCAGUCAAUGUCUGUACGCCAUCAAUUAGUGGAUAUCAAAUUAUGGACUGAAAAUAUGCUUUGUUGUAUGCUGUAGGACAUUGUAUCCUACGGAGGAGGACAAACAUAAAUGCUUUGUUUGGAUGUCACAUUUCUAACUCUUCAUCUUUAAGGAGAAGCACCCUGCAACUGACUUCACCAGCCCAAAUACUGAGCACCAUUGCAACUCGAGUCUGUGCAUGCCAACAUUUGCAUUGUUCCUUUGAAAAAUUACACAUAGCCCAUUGGCUGAAGAUUUAGGACCUUUGUGCUGCCAUUACAGGUGCUUACCAGGCGGAGCUAUGGAAGAUAAUCCUCUUAUUUUAUGACAAAGUGCUUAUGCUUAUUUAAUUGUAAUAUAGAAUAUAAUAUAUCCAAAUAUGUUACGCUAAAAUUGGCAUGACCAUUUGUGAUCCGUCCAUCCAUCCAUUUUCCGUACCGCUUAUCCUCACUAGGGUCGCGGGCGUUCUGGAGCCUGUCCCAGCUGACUUUGGGCGAGAGGCGGGGUACACCCUGAACUGGUCGCCCAGCCAAUUGCAGCUGCUUCUUUAUAAAUGUAGUGUCAGAAAGGUUAUAAUUACAUUAUCUUUAUUUUAAAACCAGGGGGAAAGUCACACCAUAGAUGAGUUUCAUAGUUGGCCAUAAGUAUUUGAACAGUUACAUAAUAUUUAUGAUUUUACCUUUAUAAAUCAGUGAAAUGGUAGUGAAGUUAAAUCAAUCAAGCAAUAUAAAAUUGAAGUAUAGAUUUUCAGCAUUAAUUUAAGAGAGUUCAAAUAAAUAUGUCACCAUUUAAAAAUGUACAGACAUUUUUUUUUUUCUGUCUGUAAAUAUAUUUCCGAGUACGACAAAUGAUGGUUAUGUUUACAAUUUCUAUAUAAUUGUAGGUAUCACGCAAUAAGAGAAUCUGUAAUUGUCCAACUACUUCUGGACCUUUGUGUUUAGAUAAAAUGUAUAAUGUAUGUAUGAUAUGCUCAUAAAAUACUGUUGUAUUUUAUUUGAUAAUUAGCUGUUCAGAUCCAGCUCAAAAGACUAAUGGUCUCUCAGGUAAUUGCACACAGUAUUGAUGUUGUUGCUAUGGAAACGGCGACUAUUACGCAGCAACACUUCAUUUAUUGUAGGCACUGCCCUAAACGAUCAAUGACAUUACCUGUUGUUGUUGUUGUUUUUUUGUUUUAUUUCUUCUGGAACCAAAAAACAUCCAAUGAACAAAAAAAAAACAUUUUAGCACGUUGUGUAAAUACAUACAGCAGAGGGCGCCACACUUUCAACAAAGACAUUCCCAGAAGUCGUGCUUUUAUCAAAUGGGUAUAAAGCUGUCAGAGCUGUGCAUUCUGUUGUUGACGCUCUACAAUGAACGACUCUGAAGUCAAAUGUGUGUUGUAGUACAGAAAAUAGUGGGCGGGGGGUCUCAAUGUCCUUUAUUUUGAAGGUGAGCCCUUGAAUCGCAGCCCCAGCAGGAGAAGGCCCCAUGUGGAUGUGUCAUAACACUUCUUGCUUGUUUACAGGCGUAAACACAGAACACAGGAGCUCAUUCAGGUCUGAAAUUAUGGAUUUGAGUCUUAGCUGGAAAACGAAUCCUGGUCUUAUACUUGCUUACUUUUAAUUUUGAGUCACUUGUAAAUUAUGUGUGAGUGCUGACACAUCCUGUUGUAGAGACAGUUACUUUACAUCUGGACUGAGAAAACUAAUAGCUUCUUACCUUUAGAGUAUCUUAUAGAUGUUUUGUUCUUUAAGUCUGAUUUCACUAAGAAAUGACAAUGCUGUUGUUAAAACAUUCAGGAUUUAUUUUUAUUUUUUUUAUCUUGACCCCCCCCCCCCCCCCCCAAAACCCCCCCAGUUUAACACGAGAAUGAAUGUUUGAGACACUAAAUCUCUUUCUUUCAGAAUAUUUUUGGGUGGUUGAAACACAAUACCGUCGAUGAAAAAUAUGAAACAAUGGACAAAAACUGAUUGUAAACUACUGUAAAUGACUUGACUGUAAAAGAACACUUGUUCAGAUUAUCAAACUUCCAUUGACUUACUUUACUGUUUUGUCCUGGUUUACUAAGACAUGUCUACGUGUUUAUGGUUUAAUUUAGGAACACUGUAGCUACAUCUGUCCAAAGAAUUUUUGUGUGCAACAACGCUUUAUGCAGAAACUAUUCUGCACAUAUUUUUCUGACCUCCAUAUUAUCUGCAUACAAAGCCAGGAUUUAGUGGCACUGAUACAGUAUACUGAAGUCGUUUGUAAUGCGAUUUAUGUCCCAGUCAAUACAAUGCAUACUGCAACUUUUAUAGCUCCCCUAAGGAUAAAAAUAUUGUAUGCGGGAUGUGUUGCUUUUCAAAUGUUUAUUUUUAUAAAUUAAAAAUACAUGAAAAAACAA